AUAUGUAUCUACUCUGAUAUGUACUGUCACAAAUUUCAUGGAUGACAUAAGUUUCUUUACUAGUUCUUUUUACGUAAAUAUUUCUUCGAUUCGGUUUUAUUUUCUAAUGCUUUUACCAUAAUUCGAUGUUAGUGGAUGUAUAUUUUAUCGAUAAAGUAUAUAAGUGUUUGAUGACCGCACAGACCACAAAAAUCUUCAAAGGUGAUUCUCUCCGGGUCGUUUUACGGAAUCAUUAUAGUAUUGUGUGCUUGCAUAGUUCUUAGUUCCGAAAAUGCAACCUAUCUGCAGAGACAGAGACGCAGCAAUUUUCGAAGAUAUGGUACUAAGGUAGAAUUAGGGCGCUGGUCGCAUCAUGUCCUCAUCUUCCGAUUAAUCGAUAAAUAUAAGUCUUUAUAUCGCGCCUUCUGCGCUGGAAGUAUUAUUGGGGAGACAAGAGUUUUAACUUCAGCCAAUUGUUUUCUCACUAACAGGAAAAGGAAAAGACAUGAAUACCGUCUUGUAAGAGUGGUGGCCGGUAUUCUGAAGACAUAUGCGGCAGAGCCGGUCUCAGAUGAAGUUCAACAAUGGCGAUCAAUGAACCAUGUGUAUUCGCAAAAAUUCUAUAGAUUCCCUGCUUUCAACCUUGCUAUUGUGAAUGUCACUAAGCCUUUUGUUUUCAACACCAUGGUCAACAAAAUUCCCUUCGCUACUCGAGACUAUGAUUUCGACGGUAUGUGCACAGCUUCAGCCGUUAAAGCUUCGAAGAGCUGGUCCAAAGUGAAGUAUUUGUACACAGAAGAAGUAGAAAUGAUGACGAGAGCAGAAUGCGAGAGGCUCUUGUGCAGAAGUUGCAGACUCUUUAUGUGCUCGUUAUUCGAUAAUCGAAUCCGAUAUGCAUUUUCUGAAACUGAAGGAGGAGGCCUAAUAUGCUUCGACACGGGUGAUCCUGCCGAGGUGAACCCAGACCAAGGCGUGUUGGUUGCCGUGACAACGAUCAUCAACAUCGGCCUUCCAAACCUUCACAUGAAAGUGGGACUAUUCAACAAAUGGGUCAAAGAUAACAGUUGCAAUAUGUGUGCUAACAAAUUUGUAAUGAUCUCUUGCAUUAUUGUUUGUAUUAAUAAAUAUUUUUUUUGAGUA